GGACUCGCGCGCAGCUGAAGUUCAUGCAGUGAAGCAGCGGCUUCGCGAGUGCCUGCAGUGCAUGAGGCGGCCGCAGAUAGAUGCAAUUCUUUUUUUAAAAGAUUAAGUUAGUUUACUUCCUCAUGUUUUACCUCUGUUUUUCAAAUAUAUCUGGACGGAAAGUCUGAUUUUUUUUCUCCAUAAAAUCUCCUAACUUAUCCUCAAUUUGUUUCUGAAGGACAUUGAGGAGUUUUUUCCCCUCUCUUAAGUUCGUCUUAUUUUACUUCGAAGAUUUGGGUUGCAAGCAACUAAAAUUCAGCUGUGUUUAUUAUCUCCACCCUCUCUCUCCCGUGGAGUACGGAGUGUUUGGUUGAGACGAGAGGGAGCCCAGCCCCGACUACAUUAUGUGGAUUCGGUGGUUGCUUAAAGUUUACGUGGGAUUUACAACGUUUUUAUCCAUUACGGUGCAGACAAGUGUAGGUGCGGCAGAGCAUGAUCCCACUCCUGUGAAGUCCAAAUACCCGAAGAAUACGAGCAGGUCAAGAAGACUAGGUGGAUCAAACCAGGAUGCACUGAAAGGGCCAAAUGUUUGUGGAUCACGUUUCCAUUCAUACUGUUGCCCAGGAUGGAAAACAUUGCCGGGAGGAAAUCAAUGUAUUGUCCCAAUUUGCAGGAACUCGUGUGGUGAUGGGUUCUGUUCACGACCAAACAUAUGCACAUGUCCGAACGGUCAGAUAGCACCCACCUGUGGUUCAAAAUCAAUCCAGCAGUGCAACAUUAGAUGCAUGAAUGGUGGCUCUUGUGCUGAGGAUCAUUGUAUUUGUCAGAAGGGAUAUAUUGGAACUCACUGUGGGCAGCCUGUCUGUGAGAAUGGUUGUUUGAAUAAUGGAAGAUGUGUUGCUCCCAAUCGUUGUGCUUGUACAUAUGGAUUUACAGGAGCACAGUGCGAAAGAGAUUACAGGACUGGACCAUGCUUCACAUCAGUAAACAACCAAAUGUGCCAGGGGCAACUCAGUGGUAUUAUAUGCACAAAAACCCUUUGCUGUGCAACAGUUGGACGAGCCUGGGGACAUCCCUGUGAAAUGUGCCCUGCCCAGCCACAGCCAUGUCGUCGUGGCUUUAUUCCUAAUAUCCGCACUGGAGCUUGUCAAGAUGUGGAUGAAUGCCAAGCUAUCCCAGGGAUCUGUCACGGAGGAAAUUGCAUAAACACUGUGGGAUCCUUUGAAUGCAAAUGCCCAGCUGGACAUAGAUUUAGUGAACAAACUCAAAAAUGUGAAGAUGUUGAUGAAUGCACUACUAUUCCUGGUAUAUGUCUGGGAGGAGAAUGUUCCAAUACAGUUGGCAGUUACUUCUGUAAAUGCUAUAAUGGAUAUCUACCCACUACAGAUGGUUCAAGAUGCAUAGAUUCACGUACUGGAAUUUGCUAUUCUUAUCUGAUUCACGGGCGUUGUGCAAAUGAACUUCAAGGACCAUAUACCAAAAUGCAGUGUUGUUGUGAUAGUGGUCGCUGUUGGUCAUCCGGUAGGAUUCCAGAAUUGUGUGCAAUGCGUGGAACUGAUGAAUAUAUCAAAUUGUGCAGUCAGGUACCUUGGACUAAUGGUGAACUUGGACCUCAACCUGGACCUCAUCCUAGACCUCGUCCUAGACCUCAUCCUGAACCUUACCCUGAACCUUACCCUGAACCUUAUCCUGGACCUCGUCCUGGACCUCGUCCUGAACCUCUACCUGGACCUCUACCUAGUCCUCAUUAUGGACAUUUGAAUACUUCUGAUUACUGCAUUUCUGUUGGAAAUCUCUGCAUCCAUGGACGCUGCAUUCCCCUCCCAGGGCCCAGUUAUCGUUGUGAAUGCUACACUGGCUAUAAACUUACUCCAGGAGGAGAAUGUAGAGAUGACGAUGAAUGUAUUAACAAUCCCUGUACGCAUGGAGACUGUGUGAACACACAAGGCUCUUACUUUUGCCGCUGUCAUUCUGGCUUUCAGAGUUCUGCAUCUAAAAUUACUUGUGUGGAUAUUGAUGAAUGUGUUCAGAAUGGUCAGAUAUGCAAUAAUGGUCGUUGUGUAAAUACAGAAGGCAGUUUCCACUGUAUUUGUAAUGCUGGAUUUCAACUGACAGCAGAUGGGAAAAAUUGCAUGGACCUUGAUGAGUGCUCCCAAAGAAACAUGUGCAUGAAUGGAAUGUGUAUCAAUGAAGAUGGCAGCUUCAAGUGCAUAUGCAAACCUGGCUUUGAGUUGAUAUCAAAUGGACGAGUAUGCAUUGACAUUGAUGAGUGUGCACAGACACCAGGAAUUUGCAUGAAUGGACGGUGUGUGAACACAGAUGGCUCCUACAGAUGUGAAUGUCCUCCUGGCCUGGCUAUUGGACUUGAUGGGCGAGUCUGUGUUGAUACUCACAUGAGAAGCACCUGCUAUGGUGGAUACAAAAAAGGCCAAUGUGAUCGACCAUUACCAGGGGCCUACACCAAGUCUCAGUGCUGCUGUGCCAACACUGAUUAUGCCUUUGGAGAACCUUGCCAACCUUGUCCAGCUUUAAAUUCUGCUGAAUAUCAUGCUCUUUGCCCUAGUGGACCUGGAAUAACAAGUGAUGGAAGAGAUAUCAAUGAGUGUGCAUUGGAUCCUGAUAUUUGUCAAAAUGGAGUCUGUGAGAACACACGUGGCAGUUACCGAUGUAUUUGCAAUUCCGGUUAUGAAGUUGAUAUAUCUGGCAAAAAAUGUGUUGAUAUUGAUGAGUGUUUUGUGAACAGAUUACUAUGUGACAAUGGUCUCUGUAGAAACACACCUGGGAGUUAUACCUGUUCCUGUCCAAAAGGAUAUGUUUUUAAACCUGAAUCUGAAACAUGUGAAGAUAUUAAUGAAUGUGAGACCAAUCCCUGCAUCAAUGGAGAUUGUAAGAAUGUGCCUGGCAGUUAUUCAUGCCAGUGUUUCCAAGGAAGUACUCUUGAUGCGUCUAAAACUCGGUGUAUUGAGACGGUUAAAGGGACUUGUUGGUUGCAACACAUUGGAGGGAAGUGUGAAAUAAAUAUUAAUGGUGCCACACUAAAGUCACAGUGCUGUGCAACAUUGGGUGCUGCUUGGGGAAGUCCUUGUGAACCUUGCAAAAUAGACAGUGUUUGCCCUAAAGGAUUUACAAGAGUUAAUGGGACAAUCUGUGAAGAUGUUAAUGAAUGUGUAGUGUUCCCUGGGGUAUGCACCAAUGCUGAUUGUGUGAAUACACCUGGAUCAUUUCAGUGCGUCUGUCCUCAUGGUAUGUCUCUGGACAGUAGUGGAAGGACUUGUAUUGAUAUUCGUUCGGAGCACUGCUAUUUAAAAUAUGAUGAGGAUGAAUGCACGAAGCGCAUGCCUGGACGAUUUCGCAUGGAUACUUGUUGCUGUUCUGUUGGUGCUGCUUGGGGGCCAGAUUGUGAAAAAUGUCCUGAGAAAGGAACAAGUCUCUACAAAACACUUUGUCCACGAGGACCUGGAAUUUUCAGCAGAGAAGGACCUGAUGGAAAACCUUUUUUUAAAGAUAUCAAUGAAUGUAGGACAAUCCCAGGUAUCUGUACCCAUGGGAAAUGCAGAAACACCAUUGGGAGCUUUAGAUGCAGAUGUAAUAGUGGCUUUGCUCUUGAUUCUGAAGAAAGAAACUGCACAGAUAUCAAUGAAUGCCGCAUCUCUCCUGAUCUAUGUGGUCCAGGAACUUGUGUUAAUACUCCUGGAAGCUUUGAUUGUGAAUGCUUCGAAGGAUAUGAAAGUGGUUUUAUGAUGAUGAAGAACUGCAUGGAUAUUAAUGAAUGUGAACGAAACCCUCUACUCUGUCGCGGUGGCACCUGUUCAAACACUGACGGAAGCUUCCGUUGUUCCUGUCCACUUGGCCAUGAAGUAUCAUCAGAUGGAACAUCAUGCAUAGAUAUAAAUGAAUGUGCGUUGAGUGGCAACCUUUGUAAAAAUGGUCGCUGUGUCAACAUGAUUGGAAAAUAUCAUUGUUCCUGUAACAUUGGCUACCAAACAACACCUGACGGACAAGGAUGUGUUGAUAUUGAUGAAUGCACAAUAUCGAAUGGAGGAUGUGAGAAUUACUGUACAAAUUCUGAAGGCAGUUAUGAAUGCAGUUGUAGGAGUGGCUAUGCCUUGCUACCAGACCAGCGAACUUGCACAGAUAUUGAUGAAUGCGAGGAUAAUCCUGACAUUUGUGAUGGAGGGCAAUGUGUCAAUAUACCUGGAGAAUAUCACUGCCUGUGCUAUGAUGGAUUUAUGGCAUCGGAGGAUAUGAAGACAUGUCUAGAUGUUAAUGAAUGUGAACUUAAUCCGAACAUAUGUCUUAGUGGCACCUGUGAGGAUACAAGAGGAUCAUUCAUUUGUCACUGCGAACUGGGGUACUCUGUGAAGAAAGGGACAACUGGUUGUACAGAUAUUAAUGAAUGUGAGAUUAGUGCCCAUAAUUGCCACAGGUACGCUAUUUGUACAAAUACACCAGGAAGCUUCAAAUGUGCAUGUGCGGAUGGCUGGUCUGGUAAUGGCAUCAAAUGUUCUGAUGUGGAUGAGUGUUCAAAUGGAACACACAAGUGCAGUCCAACUGCUGAAUGCAUGAACACUGAGGGGUCUUAUAAAUGUACAUGUAAAGAAGGUUACAGCGGCGAUGGUGUGUUUUGCACUGAUAUUGAUGAAUGUGCUGAAAAUGUAAAUUUUUGUGAGAAUGGCCAUUGCUUAAAUGCACCUGGAGGUUACCGUUGUGAAUGCGACAUGGGCUUCACUCCAUCUCUAGAUGGCAGAGCAUGUCAAGAUAUUGAUGAGUGCUCGUUCUCUGACAUUUGUGUGUUCGGAAGAUGCCAGAAUCUUCCAGGGCUCUUCCGAUGCGAAUGUGAUUUGGGUUAUGAGCUAGACAGGAGUGGAGGCAACUGCACAGAUGUAAAUGAAUGUGCUGAUCCAGUUAAUUGUAUUAAUGGAAUUUGUGUUAACACCCCUGGAAGCUACGUCUGCAACUGUCCAUCUGAAUUUGAACUGAACCCAACUGGUGUCGGGUGUGUUGAUCCUCGUUUGGGCAAGUGCUUCUUGGAGUAUUUACUGCGCGGAGAUAACACCCUUACUUGCAGUAAUGAGAUUGGAGUCGGAGUUUCAAGAGCAUCUUGUUGCUGUUCUUUGGGCAGAGCCUGGGGCUUUCCAUGUGAACUGUGCCCCUCUGUCAAUUCAUCUGAAUACAAAACUCUUUGUCCUGGAGGAGAAGGUUUUAGACCCAACCCUAUCACAGUUAUUUUGGAGGAUAUUGAUGAAUGUAAAGAAUUACCUGGACUCUGUCAAGAAGGAACAUGUGUCAAUACAUUUGGGAGUUUCCAGUGUGAAUGUCCACGUGGUUUCUAUUUGAAUGAAGAAACCAGAGUAUGUGAAGACAUUGAUGAAUGCAUUAGCUCACCUGGUAUUUGUGGUCCUGGUACAUGUUUCAACACAUUGGGAAAUUAUACCUGCAUCUGUCCACCAGAUUACAUGCAGGUUAAUGGUGGAAACAACUGUAUGGACAUGAGAAAAAGCUAUUGCUUCAAGAAUUUCUACAGUGAAAAUGGCACUUGUGAUGGUGAACUAGCCUUCAAUAUGUCAAAGAAACUGUGCUGUUGUUCAUACAACAUCGGAAAAGCCUGGAACAGACCUUGCGAACAAUGUCCUCUUCCCGUCACAAAUGAAUAUAUUACUCUUUGUGGGAGUCAGAGACCUGGCUAUAUUAUUGACAUUACAACAGGACAACCAGUUGACAUUGAUGAAUGUCGAAUGAUUCCUGGUAUUUGUGCUAAUGGUGUCUGCAUAAACCAGCUUGGAAGCUUCCGUUGUGAAUGUCCUAUGGGAUUUCAAUAUAAUGAUCAACUGAUUAGCUGUGAAGAUAUGGAUGAAUGUCAGAAUGGGCCACUGUGUCAACAGAAUGCUGACUGCAUUAACACACCUGGCAGCUAUCGCUGUGAAUGUUCGCGAGGUUACCGGCUGACUUCAACAGGGCAUUGUGUGGAUCGUAAUGAAUGUCAUGAUAUCCCUAAUGUUUGUAGUCACGGUCAGUGCAUUGACACAGCUGGAAGUUACCAUUGUAUCUGCCGGAAUGGCUUCAAAGCAACUCCGGAUAACACUAUGUGCAUGGAUAUUGAUGAAUGUGAGCGGCAGCCAUGUGGCAAUGGGACCUGCAAGAACACAGUUGGUUCAUAUAACUGCUUGUGCUUCCCAGGAUUCAUGAUUUCACAUAAUAAUGACUGCAUUGAUAUUGAUGAAUGCAGUACCUUGAAUGGUGCUCUUUGUAGAAACGCUCAGUGUUUCAAUACUAUUGGAACAUUCCAAUGCCUGUGCCAUGAAGGCUAUGAACUUACACCUGAUAGAAGAAGUUGUGUUGAUGUCAAUGAAUGCUUGACAGUACCUCGUCCUUGUGCACCAGGCACCUGUCAAAAUUUGGAUGGUACCUAUAGAUGUAUCUGCCCUCCUGGAUACUCAUUGAUAGACGAUAAGUGUAUCGAUAUCGAUGAAUGUGUAACAGACCCUGGAUUAUGUGAAUUUGGCACUUGUAGUAAUAUUGAAGGAAGCUACACCUGCCUCUGUCCACCAGGAUCUAUACUAUCGCAAAAUGGAAGAACAUGCAUUGAUGUGAGAGAGAGCUUUUGCUUCUCUAAAUUUGAGAAUGGUGUGUGCUCUGCGCCCAAAUUAAGAAACAUCACCAAAUAUACGUGUUGUUGCAGCUUCAUGUCAGGUGAAGGAUGGGGUGACCCAUGUGAGAUCUGUCCCAAAGAACGAGAAGAAGCGUUUGGAAAAUUGUGCCCCAGUGGCUUGGUGGGAAUUACAAUUAACACGGAAGGUUCACAAGUAGACGUGGAUGAAUGUUCUACAGACGCAGAAAUAUGUAAAAAUGGACACUGCAUCAAUACUGAUGGUUCCUUCCGCUGUGAAUGUCCAUUUGGGUUCAAUAUCGAUUAUAGUGGAAUCAAGUGUGUAGAUACCGAUGAAUGCUCUGUUGGUAAUCCUUGCGGCAAUGGAACAUGUACUAAUGUUAUUGGAGGGUUUGAGUGUGCAUGUGAAGAAGGAUUUGAACCAGGACCUAUGAUGACUUGUGAAGACAUAAAUGAAUGUGCACAAAAUCCUCUACUUUGUGCAUUCCGCUGUGUUAAUACCCUUGGAGGAUAUGAAUGUAAAUGUCCUGCUGGUUAUGUUCUUAGACAAGAUGGAAAGAUGUGCCGAGAUCAGAAUGAAUGUGAGGAGCAACUCGAUGGUUGUGCAGAAAGAGGCAUGGUUUGCAAGAACUUGAUUGGAACUUUCAUGUGCAUCUGCCCACCUGGAUUGGUGCUCCAAUUGGAUGGUGAUAGGUGUAUUGAUGAAAACGAAUGUCGCACCAAACCUGGCAUUUGUGAAAAUGGUCGGUGUAUAAAUACUGCAGGAAGCUAUAAAUGUGAAUGCAACGAAGGAUUCACUGUCAGUUCCACACAGACAGAAUGUAUUGACAACCGCAAAGGUUUAUGUUUCUCGGAAGUACUACAGACAAUGUGUCAGAUGGCUUCCAGCAGCGGAAAUCCUGUUACAAAAUCAGAGUGCUGCUGUGAUGGUGGACGUGGCUGGGGGACACAAUGUGAAAUCUGCCCACUUCCAGGAACAAGCCCUUUUAAGAAGCUUUGUCCACGUGGACCUGGUUACACCACAGAUGAAAAAGAUAUUAAUGAAUGUGAAGUCCUUGCAAACUUGUGUCAGAAUGGACGGUGUAUUAAUACUAUUGGAUCUUAUCACUGUGUCUGCAAGAAUGGCUACACCACAGACAUCACUGGCACAUCCUGUAAGGAUCUUGAUGAAUGUCUGCAGUCACCAAAACCAUGUAAUUUCAUCUGUAAAAACACGGAAGGAAGCUACCAAUGCGCAUGUCCCAGAGGAUACAUACUGCAAGAAAAUGGGAAAAGUUGCAAAGAUCUAGAUGAAUGUUCUACAAAGCAGCACAACUGUCAGUUUCUUUGUGUCAAUACAAUUGGUGGAUUUACUUGUAAGUGCCCUCCUGGAUUCACACAGCAUCAUACAGCAUGUAUUGAUAACAAUGAAUGUAUUUCUGAAACUAAUCUGUGUGGAUCUAAAGGAGUGUGCCAGAAUACUCCAGGCAGCUUUAUUUGUGAAUGCCAACGUGGAUUUUCACUGGAUCAAUCUGGCCAUGGCUGUGAAGAUAUUGAUGAAUGUGAGGGCAGCCAUCGUUGCCAGCAUGGCUGCCAGAAUUUGAUCGGUGGAUAUCGAUGCAGUUGUCCACAUGGUUACCUUCAGCACUAUCAAUGGAAUCAGUGUGUUGAUGAAAAUGAAUGCAUGAACUCUCAUGUUUGUGGAGGAGCUGCAUGCCACAAUACACUGGGAAGCUACAAGUGCCUCUGUCCAACAGGAUUCUCUUAUGAACAGAUUUCUGGAUCUUGUCAUGACAUAAAUGAAUGUUCUUCCUCCAAAAAUCCAUGUAACUACGGCUGUUCAAACACUGAUGGAGGUUACUUAUGUGGCUGCCCACCUGGAUAUUACAGAGUUGGCCAAGGGCACUGUGUCUCUGGAGUGGGAUUUAGCAAAGGGCAGAUGUUUCCAAUAGGAGGUGACACAGAAGACAAUAGUCUAUCACCUGAGGCGUGUUAUGAAUGCAAAGUUAAUGGCUACCCCAAAGGAAGACGUCGAAGAGCAACCAAUGAAAAGGAAUCUAUGACUUUGAAUGAAGCAAAGAAUGCAACCAGUUUGCCAGUGAGCCUUGCAAGUUUGGGAACGGACAAUCAGUUCGUCUUCAAUUUCAAUAUUUCUGAUCUCAGCAGUAAAGACCAUAUCCUACAGUUUAUCCCGGCAAUUUCUACAUUGAUAAAUCAUGUACGUUACUCAAUUGACAUUGGUAAUGAAAAAGGCUUCUUCAAAAUUAAUCAAAAGGAUGGUAUCAGCUAUCUGCAUUUGACCAAGAAGAAGCCACAAUCAGGAGUGUACUCAUUAGAAAUAAGCAGUAUUCCUCUUUUUAAAAAGAAAGAACUUGAUCGUCUUGAAGACAAGCAUGAUAAAGACUACCUCACUGGUGAGCUUGGUGAAAUCCUUCAAAUGAGAAUUCAGAUUGUACUUCAUUAAUACACAAACAGAAGGUCAUACUGCUUCAGCCAAAAGAUGGAUCCUUUCAUUGCUAACCUGAUUCGACAUAUCAUGGAUACAAUCUCUUAUUAACUGUAAUAUGUCUGAGCACUGCUUACUUCUAAUGUUAGGAAAGUAAAGUCAUGGAUACAUACCAUAGCUCUAAACCACUUAUUCGGGCUUUGUAUAAAAUGCAGCACUGCUAUUAUAAGUAUGACUAGCUUCAGAUGUUGUAUAAUGAUAUGUUGAAUCUUUAAAAAAACACACACUUGGGCCAUUCAGUCCACUUGUUGGACAACUGUUGCUUCUUUUAAGCAGAGCCGUGCCAUUACUCUGCAGUAAAGAACACAUUGUAUUUUUGAUCUUUUAAAUUUUACUUUUCAAGUUACAUUUCACUAGAUCAAACAUUUAUAUAUGUACCUGGUGCUAGUAACAUGUCAACCUAGAUUGUGACUGCACUGUAAUAUUUUACAAACUUGGUAGCCAAAAAUGCAAUUAUUCAGUCUUAAGUAUUACCAGAUUGUUUUCCAUUACCUUACAAAGAACCAAAGUUAGUUCAAUAGCUUAUCUCAGUUAUGCAUUUUUCACUCAUGUAAAUUAAGUGUGUGUAUACUGCAGCCAUGCUACUUUUUUAUCAUGAAAACUUUUGUAUACCAGAAUUCUCAUUUUGUGUGUGUGUGUGUGUGUGUGUGGGCAGGUGUGUGUGUGUGUGAGCAGGUGUAUGUGGGUAGGUGUGUGUCUGUGGAUGUUUUCAUCCCAACCUUGAGUUGAGGGUGUUGUAAUGGUGCUUUAAGAACAACUACUUUUGAAAAUUAGAUGCAAUAUCCCUCUGUGAGUAAUAAAAUGCACAUUGAGGACUUAAUGAACAAGAACUAAUCAGGUCAUAGGAUUAAUAGCACUUAAAAGUGAGACAAUCAAACUGUCAAACACAGUUUUCUGUAAAAUGACACAUAAGAGUACCAGUAUUUUUAUGCAAUUCACCAUCAGCAAGUUUUAGAUUUUCAAUGUCAGUAAUUCCACAAUAAAACAGUAUUUUCAGUUUUAAUAUCUCAGUGUUAACUGUGAUGAUUCAUGUGGAUAAGGAUUCAUUUUCCUUUUGUUAUAUGUGUGUUUUUGAUACGACAGCCCAUUUUACCAGUAUCUUUGGGAACAUACUGUAAUUCCCCUUUGUGAUUUUCAGACAGACAGGUCUUUACGUAAACACAGAGUUCUGGCAUGAGGUGCAGCUGGAGCAAGAAACAUAUUCACAAGUUCAAAAAAAUGCCUCACAGUAUGCCAUAUAGAUGUCUGUUUAUAUUCAUUAUUCAUUUGUUUCCUGGAAUCUCUAAUGCCACAUGCUCAAUACUCAUUUUACAGUACAGACAUCCACACUGCAUAUUAAGCAUCAGAUGCAACAAAUGGUAGUGGAAAUAUUUGCUAUUUCUAUCAAAUUCUAUGUGUUAAAACAAUAGAGCUCAGGUGCAGGAUACAGAUAACUGGAUGACCGUCAGGAUUCUUAGCAGUGUGGAGGAACAGGAGGAUCUUGGUGUCCAUGUCCAUAAAUCCCUCAAAGUCGAUGGGCAAGUUGAUAGAGUUGUUAAGAAUGUGAAUGGUCUGUUUAGUCUUCAUUAGUUGGUGAAUUAAGUUCAAGAGCUGCGAAGUAAUGAUGCAGCUCUAUAAAACCCUGGUUAGACCACACUUUGAAUUCUUUGUUCAGUUCCGAUUGCUUCAUUAUAGGUGGGAUGUGGAAGCUUUAGAAAAAGUUCAGAGGAGAUAUAACAGGAUGCUGCCUGGAUUGGAGAGCAUGCCUUAUGAAGAUAUAUUGAGUGAGCUAGGGCUUUUCUCUUUGGUGCAAAGGAGGGUGAGAUGUGACUUGUUGGAGGUAUUAAAAAAAAAGAUAAGAGGCAUAGAUUGAGUCGAUAGCCAGAGACUUUGGUGAAAAUGGCUAAUUGCAGAGUGCAUAAUUUUAGGGUGAUUGAAAGAAAGUAUAGGGGGGUGUCAGAGGUACGAUUUUUGCACAGAGAGUGGUGAGUGCAUGGAAUACCCUGACAAGGGGUGAUAGUAGAGGCAGAUACAUUUGGGCCAUGGAUGAUAGAAAAAUAGAGAGCUAUGUAGGAGGGAAGGGUUAGAUUGAUCUUAGAGUAGGUUAAAAGGUUGGCACAAUAUCUUGGACCAAAAGGCUUGUACUGUGAUGUAAUGUUUAAUAUUCACAUUCUUAGGUUCAAUAGGUACAUUUAAUGCCAGAGAAAUAUAUACAAUUUAUAUCCUGAAAUUCUCUUUCUUCACAAACAUCCACAAAAACAGAGGAGUGCUCCAAAGAAUGAAUAACAGUUAAACGUUAGAACUCCAAAACACCCCCCCCCAGUUCCCCCUUCCCACACACAAGCAGCAGCAAGGCAAUGACCCCCCCUCCCCCACCAGCUUUUUUGCAUUGGCGCCCUCCACCAAGCACUCAAGCGUGCAGCAAAGCAUCAAUAAAGACACGGACUUGUAGUACUCAAAAGACUACUCGUUUACCCAGUAAUUUGACAUGCCACAGGCUGUCUCUCCCGCUAAUAAGGGAAAAAGAGGUAUCCAUUUCACAGUGAGAGCUCAUUGAUAGUGUGAUGUUAAAAGUCUGUUGUGUCCCAGAAAGGCUCAGGUCUCAGGACACACAGCCAGCAGCUAGCUCACUGCUUCUGAUGUUCCGCGUUCUCCUGUGACACCUCAUUCAUGGGAGACUAGCCUUGAAUCAGCUACCGUCUCCAGAGCCACAAAAAUCCGGCACCCCAAAGGCGCAGUAGUCUUCCAUCUUAGUAGUGCAGUCAUCAAAUUUAUCUAACGGCAAACAAGUAUUUAUGUCUGUUAUAUGAAUCAGAAAUGGAUAAAUUAGUGGAGAGAAUUAUCUCCGUCCCUGUAGCAAUUAUUUAGUAAGGUAACCAAUAGUUUUAGAAAUAUAUUUUAAAAUGACAAAAGUAUGUGCACAUCCCCAAAGAACUUUAUGGCCAAUGAAUUGGAAAUAUAAACACCGUUGUAAUGUAAGAAAUGAAGCUGCCAGUUUGUGCACAGUAAGCUCUCACACACCACAGUGUGAUAUUGGCCAUUUAGUCUACCUUAGUGAUGUUGAUUGAGGAAUAGACACAGCCAGAGCUCAAAGGAUAUCUUCCGUGCUCUUCUCUUAAGCAAUUUCCUGAACUCCUUUAAAUCGACCUGUGAGAACAAAUGGGAUCAUGCUUUAAUGCCUGAUCAGAAAGAGAGUACUUCAGUUGCUGUGGCAGUUCACCAGUUGUGCUCUGCAGUGUCAGCCUAGAUUUUUGAGCUAAAGUCUCUGGAAUGAAAUUUGAAUCCAGAAGCUUCUAACACAGACUCAGAAAUGCUACCUAUAGCAUGACUAGAUAGGUUAAUAACAACAUGUAGAAUCAGAGAACUGGAAGAUUCAUUACAAUGAAGUUAGUAAUCAGUUUGUGCAAUGCUGUAAAAUGAUCCUCUACAUCCUUUUGUGGAAUACCAGUGUUUGUGUGGUAGUAACUAUUCAUGUUUGCAUCACAUUAGAACAUUAGAAAAUUUUUGACAACAGGCCAUUCGGCCCAAUAAAGCUUGCGAAAUUCCUAUUCACAUAGUGUGUUGAAAUAACUAUCAAGUUUAGAUUUGAAAAUCUCUAAGGUCCCACUCUCCACUACAGAACUAGGUAGUUUGUUCCAUAUGUCCACAACUUGCUGUGUAAAGAAAUCCUUCUUGUUGUUAGACUGAAAUCUCCCUUUAACCAGUCUCCACUUAUGGCCCUGUAUUCUUGAUAAUGGAUUAAUUUUAAAGUAGCGGCUAGCAUCCACCUUUUUUAUACCUUUAAUGAUUUUGAACAUUUCUAUCAUGUCUCUUUUCAUUCUACGUCUACUUAGGCUAAAAUGAUUUAAUUCUCUCAAUCUUUUUCAUAGUUCAUACCCUGAAGACCUGGAAUGAGGCAUGUAUUUUAACUGAGCAUGUCUUGUCCCACUUCUUCACCAGUUACCCUUACCGCUGACUGCCAGAUGCCGUGAAAGGCUGCCUGAACAGAACAUCUUCGCCUGAUUAUUUUCUUUUUGCCUGAGGUUAAGGUUACAGCUUUGGUUCACAGUCUAAUACAGUUCAGUUCAAGAUGUUGGCAGUCAAGUUCAAUGCUUCACAGCACCACGUCAUAACUAAACUUUCUUAAAAUAAAAAAAAACAGAACUGCAAAUUUCAAAUGGAUGUUUGAAGUUAAGCCCAUUUAUUUUUUCCUGGAUAUUCUUUUAAAUUAAUUUGAUAUUCCUUUCUGUAAAUACUCUGCAAUGAUGUUUAUAGAUUCUGAUUUGUUCCUAGAGUGUUCAUUCAUUAUUCACAAAAAUAGAAAAAGAUGGCUAAGUCGAGACGUAGCAUAUCAAACAGAAACAUCUAGAACAUGCGUUAUCAUCCUUAAUAAUGUCAAAUUCUUUUCCUUCAAUCAACUUCAGGAAAAUAACUAGUUUAUCUUGCUGGGCACAAAUUGGAAAUGGCAAACAGUGUGCAUUUGUCGGUAAACAACAAUGACUACACUGUAAUAGCAUUCAUUUGACUGAAGCAUUUUGGAGAGUUCUUUAUUCAUCGUAAAGGAGGCACAAGGUUUAGUCUCAUAUCUUUCGGUCACUUUCCUUCAAAAGGAAAUAAAAUUAGAUGAUAGGAAUGUGGUGAGUAAGGUAAUUCACAAGGGUUCCACUUUUGUUAUGGUAGGACCACUAUUCUCCAAUUAGACAGGGCAACUUAUUAAUCAUGAAGCAUGAGUAACAAUAAUGGAUAGCUUUAAUCCACUUACUAUACCUCAAGCUAUAUGAACUUGUACAGCAUUACCUAUUAAUAAAGUAUAUUAAUUAAGGAAAUAUAUUUUAGUUGCUAAAAUAUUAAAUAUUGUUUUAUUUACUUUGCCUAAUACCUUACAGUUGGAUAAAUCUUUUAAAAUGUGUAAAAGAACUAUGGUUCUAAUUCAGUAUGGUUAAGCAAUGCAUCAUUGAAAAUA